AUGUCAGAAUUGAGAGCUGAGGCAGUGGGGAUUUGUGGUACAAACCUGAUUGAGGAGGAUACACCAGAAACCACCAAUUCAACUCCCAGGCUGUCCGCAGUUUCUCCAAACAUAACACCACCCCGUUUCUACGGAGAAGAAAGGGGCAACAAUAAUAUUGAAAAGGCGACUCAGUACGGCGUACAGCUCGCCGUUCAUCUCAUCUCCUCUCACUUCGGGAAUCUCGUUGCGAAAGUGUGUGAUUGUCUUCUUCGCAAAGGAACCCUAACGCUCGCGAGCGUAAUCCGUUUUACCGAACUCCCUCCUCAACAAGUGAAGAGCUGUAUACUUGUGUUGAUCCAACAUAAUUGUGUUCAAGCUUUUGCUAUACAGCAAGAAGUUGGUUUUGGAGAAGCACCAAGGGUUGUAACUCAGUAUAUGGCUUUGUUUCACAAUAUCCUUCACCGAAUGAGAUUUGCGAAAUUCUUGGCAAUUGUGUCUGAGGAGCUUGAUAAAGAAUGUGAGGAAAUUCUUGAAGGUUUGCUUCAACAUGGCAGACUUACACUGGAACAAAUAUUGGAUAGAGCCAAGUCAAAUCAAAGUGAAGGCAAGUCUCUUUUGUAUAUUUGA